UUCCCAAAUUGAACAAAAACAAACCAAUGGACGAGUUACCUCCAGAGCUCUUGGUGAACAUUCUGAAUCGACUCAACGAUUCCGAAUCCAUAGCUCGAUGCCGAGUCGCGUCCAAGACAAUGAACUCUCUCAAGCGUGAAAUUCACACCGUGAAUCUCAUCUGCACAUUGUCCCGGUUCUUCAAAUCGCGUCCCAUCGCCGUCACACCAACCGUCACACCGUUCAAAACGAUCUUCAAGAGCCUGAUCAAUGAUUCUGUUAACAUUCGCUCGAUCUCAGUCGGGGUCGAUGAUGCGCUUAAGAGAAUGUCGUUUGACGACUUGAAUGAAGAUGACCUCAAAGAUUUGUACCUUACCGAUGUCGAAUUCGUGAAGGAGUGGUUGCCUAGGGUUUGUGAUGACCUGGAGAUGUUGUCAAUUUCUGAUUUCUGGCUUCAAUCUUGCUGGAGGAAGUCAGAUGUUUUGGCGCUCGUUUCUUCAAACUGUAGUAAGUUAGUGAAACUAGAGGUGAAGAGUGCAUGGCUCUCAGUUGUUGGAAUGACUCAGAUGCCUAAUCUAAGACAUUUGACACUCGAGUUCAUCAGACUCGAUGAUGAGAAUCUUGAGAAGGUCAAUGAGUGUUUCCCUUUUCUUCAUGUGUUAAAUUUGAUUGGUGUUGGAGGGUUGAAUGAACCGAGAAUACGUUUACUGCACCUAAAGAGUUGUCAUUGGACUGUGUCGAAUGCUCCACGGUCCAUGGCUAUAGUGGCGCCAAACCUCCUUGAACUCGAGCUAAGAUGCAGCAAGCCUAAAUCUUUUCUCCUUGAAACGCCCAAGUUGGUGAAAUUCACUUUUUCUGUUGAGGACGCUAAAGGUUUUUGUUUCGGGGAGUUUCGAGAUCUGAAUUCUUUAGAGCUCAAAUCUCCUGACAUAUACAGGCUAAUCAGAAACACUCAUUUUGGCAACAAGAUCAGAAUGCUUGCAGUGGAUUUAGUCAAGUCUAUAGAACAAUCUGAAAGGCAAAAACUUGGACUGGGAAUACUCCUCAAAGCAUUCCCUGGCGUCGUUUCUCUUAGUUUGAGUCCCAAGACUUGGUCAGAUUUCGAAACCCAUUUCCAAAGCAAAGGCCCAGUACAUAUGAAGGGAGCGAAUAGCUUGAAGCUAAUAACAGCACGUGUUCAGUCGUCAAAUCAUACGGAUGUUCAUCAAACAGUUUCUUUCAUCAGGUCUAUGCUUAAUAAUUACAGAGGCUUGACAGAUAUGAGACUGAUGAUUCACCAGGACAAAGACCCUAGAGUAAGAACCAAUCUGAUCUCAGCGUGUAUGAUGAGUAACCCGAGAGUGAGAUGGAAAUGGGGAAUAUGGGCUGAAGGAGGUGAAGAUAUAUGGCUCUCUGAUAGCGCCUAAGAUAUAGGAUUCCAAGUCUGAAACUUGAGUUCUUCUGUAUAUACUUGUGAUGAUGACGAUGAUGGUAACGAAGAAUUUGAUUUGAUGUGUAGAAGUUUUCCAUUUGAUAGCGCCUAAGAUAUGAGACUGAAGAUAUGUGGCUCUCUGAUAGCGCCUAGGAUAUAGGAUUCAAGUCUGAAACUUGAGUUCUUCUGUAUAUACUUCUGAUGAUGACGAUGAUGGUAACAAAGAAUUUGAUUUGAUGUGUGAAAGUUUUCCAUU